CCGUCAGAGGCUCUGACCCGAGACUACGGUUCCAACUUUUUCUUCUUCUUCAAUGUUGCUGGCCCAGUGCCUGCCUGAUGAGCAGAUCCGACUUCCCAUCUUUUCUACUGUUGAUCUGACUUAAUUACUAUAGUUUUGAUCUCAAAUAAACAGCUAAACCACCCUUUCCCCUGGGACGCGCACAUUCCGGAAGGCGACCAUCCGUGCUCUCUUAGUUGCAGCCAGCCAUGCAGCGGGUUUCCGCACUCCUCCCGUGGGAUCGCAGCAGGACGAGCACUGGCGUCAACGGUAGCACGAAUACCAGCUCCAAUACAAAUGGCCAUGUCCGAAAGAACAGCGUCGAUAUCGUCCGAGGAUGGGCUGACAAGAUCCCUUCUCCUGUGAACCGACUUAGCACCUCGAGACUGAGUAGUAGAGACGCCUUCUUACCCACCAGCUUGGAUAAGGAAUGCGAAAAGGCCGCUCGUAUUAUUAAAUCCUUUUGUAGCGAUGGCUUCUCGACCCCAGACGAUCGACCAGGGAGUCCGUCGACAUAUUCGAGCGCUCACUCGUCGCAUAGAUUCUUAAAGAAGAUACCCCCUCGGAUAAUACAGAAUGCUGUUGGACUCGCGGUUUUCACCUCGAUGCGAUCUGGGAUAUGGAAUUCAGGUUCCGGCUCUGGCGGUAGCGGCGUUUUAAUUGCGCGCAAAACAGAUGGAACGUGGUCUCCGCCAUCCGGUUUAAUGCUUCAGACUUCUAGCUUGCGAUUCGUCUUCGGCGUCGACAUCUAUGAUUGUGUACUCGUGAUCAACAACUUCACCGUCCUUGAGGCUUUUGCCAGACCCCGAUUGACGCUCGGUACCGAUGUCAGUCUGACGGCUGGCCCUCUUGUGGCUUUAGGAUUACUCGAAAACGAUGUCACAUGGGCCGAUCUAAGCGACAGGGCAAUCACGUAUAUCAAGGCAAAGGGUCAGACUGCGGAAGUUAAGUUAGAUGGUAUAAUCGUAAGCGAGCGAGCCGACGAGAACGAACGGUUUUACGGGAUGAAAAUAAGUGUCGCCAAGAUCCUAGCGGGCGAUAUCAACCAAAGCAUGCCCCAGACUCGAUCUCUAACUGAAGUUCUCAAAGCUGCCGAAGGGAGAACCGACUAUGAUACGGCUCUUGUUGAACAACUUGCGUCCACUCCUGCGCCGGGAGAUGCGACGAUCGAAUCGCCAAAGACAGCAGGCCCAUCGCCAGCAUUUGGUGUCCCCGACUUCGAAGAUCCUGAUCCUUUUGGUGUGUUGGCUCUCGAGAUGGCCGGAAUGGGUAUUCGCGAGGCGGGUACACGACUAAGACCCGACAGCACCCAAUUCGAAUACAACCCUAGCCCGACGAGUCCAUUCUUCCCCAAAGCUGGCCGCCAAAGUGUCGACACUUUCCUAUCACGGAGCAAUAGAGGAAGUUAUAUGUCUAGCAAGACGAUGGCUACUGAACGGAGCCAAAUGACCGAUGCGGGCACUCAGACGUAUUUCGCGACACCCCAGACCACACCUGGGUCAAGCCAAAGCCAAAGCGAAGAUGGAAAUCAACCGCAAACAAUCGAGGAUAUACUAGAAGUAAAGGAGCCAAUCGAAGUUGACUAUACUAAAAUCGACAUCAGCGCUCUGAGGAAGCUAUCAAAUUUCCCGGACUUGGAUGACGAACCAACAACCACUAUUGCGAUUAAAGAAGAAGAGGAAGAUGACCACAACUUGGACAUCGAAGCUAGUGGAGAUAAGAGAAAGAGCGUAGGGACACAUACCGAAAAUGUUAGUGCUAAUACAGACGACGAGAUUCUGGACGAUACCCAUGAUAAUGAUGGAGAUGACGAGGGCGAGGGCGAAGAUGAGGAUGGGGAAGAUGUUGAGGAAGAAGAGGAAGAGGGCGAAGAGGAUGAAUCUGACGACGACGAAGAAGAAGCCAUAGUCUACGAAGUGGCCACGGCACAAGCUCCAGCUCGAGUCAUAGUCGGAGCAUCCCGAGUUAACAUCCCCGUAAGAAUACCACCGCCGCUACCUAUUAGGAAUCCCGGCCGUUCAUCUCGUACGAGGAGUCAGAUAGGUGGUGAUGUCAGUGGUUUAGUGAGCAGUCCACUGAGACAGGAAUUCGAGCUUGAGGCCGAUGUCGACGAAGCAACGACGCCAAAAGCCAAGGAUAACACCGACAAACUGGAUGAUAUAACAAAUGAACUGUCAGCAGAGAAAGUGGAGAAGGUAGAGAAGGCAGCGAUCGUGCCUGUUGAGGACAAAGAAGAUGCUAAAGUAAUCGAGGACUCGGUAACUCCGACUCGAGAAUCAGCAAGCGUCGAAGGCCAGUUUGCCAAGAUCGGUGAUCGAUCUUCAUUCAAAGAGGAAGUUAUGGUCAAUGUAUCAGCUGAGGCACAGGGACAUUCUAGUCUGCAGACAAGUCCCGACCGAUCUGUCUCGGUCGCCUGAGGGGUAGCAGUGUGGUAUUCAACAUUUCCUUAGUUCACGAUUACGGCAUGUUUGGAGUUCUAGGAACAUCAUAGGGACGGCUAAUGGGAGGAUGAGAUACCAAUAUGUCAAGGAAUGGUCGGGUUAUAGGUAUGUGGGACUAUCUUGCACGAUACUUAACACGUGGAGAUGAGCAUUAGAAGAGCGCAUCAAGGACGAAAUGGAUGUUCUCGAUCUCGAGCUCGAGCAUGACAAUACCCUUGAUAUGUAUUUUUAUUGUUUUUAUACAUUGUACAAAUCUGAACGAAUCGAG